AUGUCCACAAAGAUCAAGAAGAAAGGCUCUUUAGUUCAGCACAGUAUAUUCAGCUUUCAUUGUCCUGGUGUCAGUAAAGUUGAUAACGACAAGUCUAAACUGCAACAAAGCAAGAAUAUCUCUAGACAAAAUUCAGUUUUAAGUGCCACUGAUAAUGAUGAUGGGUUUGGUGAUGACUCAAGCUAUGAUACGUCGAUAGACGCAAGCAUGGAAAUUCUGAACUUUAGAGAUCCAACAUUGGAAAGUGUGCUAUUACAGCAUAGAGCAAAUCAGCCUUUAACUUCUCAAAGAAAUCCAAAGAUCCUUGGCGAAUCAAACUUGGUCAAUGCUGGUCAAAACAAAUCCAAUUCUCUCAAGAGAUCCAACAGUGACAUACUUAGCACUUUUGAUGGGGGACAAGCUAAAAAAAUCGCAAGGAGUACAAGCAAUACGGCACCUGUGAUUUUGCACACAGAGGGAACUCAAUUGAGUGCAGAGCAAAAGGAAGUCAUCGAAUCCGUUCUUGCUGGACGCAACGUCUUUUAUACCGGAAGUGCUGGUACAGGAAAAUCUGUGGUGCUUCGUGAGUUGGUUAGGAUCCUCAAGGGCAAAUAUGGAGAUAAUAUGGGUGUGACUGCGCCAACCGGAAUGGCCGCAUGCAAUAUCCAAGGGCAAACAAUAUAUAAAUUUUUAGAGAUUGGCCUUGCCAUGAAAUCUGCACCGGAGCUUGCAAAUAUGAUCCGAAAGAAUCACCACAAGUUGAAUAAAUGGAUUAGGUUGAGGGUUUUGAUCAUUGAUGAAAUAUCCAUGAUCGAUGGGGCUCUAUUUGACAAAUUGGAACAUGUGGCCAGAUUAGUGCGAAAGUCUGACAAGCCAUUUGGAGGAAUCCAGAUUGUAUGUACGGGUGAUUUUUAUCAAUUGCCGCCAGUUGCCGUAAAUCGAAGCGCUCUAUUCUGUUUUCAAUCAAAGUCUUGGUCCAAAGUGAUUAACAAAAAUAUUGUUUUAAAACAAAUCUUCAGACAAAAGGGUGAUAACGACCUUAUUGAGAUGUUGAAUGCACUUAGAACGGGCGAAUUGACUAAUGAGAUUGUUGCCAAAUUCAAACUGCUUGCAAGAAUGGUAAAUUACACCGAUGGAAUUGAGCCUACCCAAUUGUUUCCCACUAGAAGAGAGGUCUCUGAAGCUAAUAGUUUACGCUUGGAAAAACUUUCUUCGAAAGCUUACAAAUAUACUGCCCAGGACAGUCACAAAGGAGAACAAUAUAAAGCACAAUACGCUCAGCUAUUAUGUGAUGAAUCGUUGGUUUUGAAAGAAGGAGCGCAAGUGAUGAAUAUCAAAAACAUCAACGACGAUUUGGUAAAUGGAACACUAGGCACAGUUCUUUUCUUUUCUACGCAAAGAUUAUUUCUCAAGAUCUUAGAGAUAUACUCACCACUUGAAGCAAUGGAUGCGCAGAUGUUAAAAGAAGUGAAAUUUGUAACCUCGCGUGUUGGAUCUGUAAAAGAAUGGAAAGACGAUGAAAGGAUGCUUUUUCAACAAGUUCCCUCUGAGAGAAAGACUCAGUUUGAGCUGCUUGUUCAGUUUGCAGCUCUAGAAUCAACUGAAAACAUAUUACCAGUGGUAUUGUUCAAAUUAAACGGUUCAGACGAAGCUGUGCUUGUUGAUAAACAAGAGUUUCCAAUUGAAAUUGGGAAGGAAAAUACAGCAGCUGGAAAUCCAUAUAGAACUCAGUUGCCCUUGUUGCUCUCAUGGGCAAUGUCGAUUCACAAAGCACAAGGUCAGACCCUUCCUCGUGUAAAGAUUGAUUUGGACAGAGUGUUUGAAAAUGGACAUGCAUACGUAGCUAUAUCACGAGCAGUCAGUAGAGAGACUUUGCAAGUGAGGCACUUUGAUAUCGGCAAGGUAAAGGCAUCACCAGUAGUAAAGCAAUUCUAUCAAAGUUUAGAAAAAUAG